ACACCUGUGGAUACUCCCCAACAGAGAUAGGGACGGGGGCUAGCUAAGCCCGUGCAGAUGCCUACAGAUGGGACGAAGAUCCCAUUGGAGCUAGAUGAGUAUGGUCGUUUGCCACAACAGAUUGUAAAAGAUUUAUGGAACAUGACAGCAGGGAUCAAGUUCAAGCAUGCACUUAGUGAGUUGAAAGCUAAGUGUGCAAAGAGAAACUUUCAAGCUAAGCCUCCAGAUAUGAAUCCAGAGUUAUGGGCAAAGCUUGUUCAUUUAUGGACUGAGGACAAGGGUCAUUUGAGAAGGUCAAAUUUUGCAAGGGCUAAUCGAGCAAAAGGACCGAGGGUGAUGCAUACCAACGGUUCAAUGGACGUUAAUGUUUAUAGAAAGAAAAUGCAACAAGCAAACCCCGAGGGUCGUCCACCAACAUAUCCUGAGGUUUACACCAGUAGAAGGCAGCACAAAGGAAAAGGAAAAGAUCAACUACCUGUAUAUUGUAAUGAUGAUGCUCAAGAAAUUGGAGAAAAAUUGACAGCUGAAUAUGCUACUAGACAAGAGGAAGAAGGAUUUGACCCUACAAUACCUCAUGCUAAGAUAUUACUUAGGGCAACUGGUGGGGUCAAGAAAGGAUGGUUGAAAGGUUUGGAUAUUCACACACAUCCACAGGAUAUAGGUGCGAGCACAUCUAGACAAGAACCAUUCAGGCCACCCAUUAUAGGACAGUCUAAUAGGGUUAUCGAAUUACAACAGACUGUUGAAGCAUUGAAGCCUACGGCAACAACAAUCGACCCUUGCGACAUAAAUGUAGCAACUCUACCAGCAUUUAGGGAUGACCCCAGCGGAUACCAGUGGAACAAUCACCCUUAGGACAUCCCGAGAUAUUUAGGGUUUUUAUAUUUCAAUUAAAUAUUUGUAUUGACU